GCGGCGGUUGGGCCCGAGCACUUCUCCCGGCCGCCUCCGUCCGCUUGCCGCCUCCCUGCCAUGGACGCUGCGGGGCACUGACCGCCAUGGAGGGUGCGCCUCUCGGGCCUUACCGGGCCACCAAGCUGUGGAAUGAAGUCACCACAUCUUUUCAAGCAGGAAUGCCUCUAAGAAAACACAGACAACACUUUAAAAAAUAUGGCAAUUGUUUCACAGCAGGAGAAGCAGUAGACUGGCUUUAUAACCUGUUAAGAAAUAAUAAUAAUUUUUGUCCUGAAGUUACAAGGCAACAGACUAUUCAACUAUUGAGAAAAUUUCUUAAGAAUCAUGUAAUUGAAGAUAUCAAAGGCAGGUGGGGAUCAGAAAACCUUAAUGACAACAAUCAGCUGUUCAGAUUUCCUGCAACUUCUCCACUUAAAGCUCUUCCACGAAGACAUCCAGAAUUGAGAAAAAACAGCAUAGAGAAUGUUUCCAAAGAUAAAGAGAGUAUUUUUAAAUUACGAAACUUAUCUCAUAAAACUCCUAAGAAACAUGGAUUACAUUUCUCUGAGGAAAAUACAGAGAAGGGAAGCCAUGAAAUAAUCGGUACUGAUCAAGAAAAAGAAAACUCAGCUGACAGCAGAGAAAUAAGCCAGGAAUAUAUCGAAGAAGUUUGGAGAUACUUUAUUCUGAUCUACCUGAAAACUAUUUUGGGUGUACCAUCCUUAGGAGAACUCAUAAAUCCAAACCAAGUGAUUCCUCAAUAUAUAAUGUACAACAUGACCAAUACAAGUAAGCAUGGAGUGGUUAUACUACAAGACAAAUCAGAUGACCUUCCAUACUGGGUACUAUCUGCUAUGAAGUGCCUAGCAAACUGGCCAAGAAGUAAUAGUACAAAUAAUCCAACUUAUACUGGAUUUGAGCGUGAUGUAUUUAGAACAAUUGCAGAUUAUUUUCAACAUCUCUCUGAACCUCUGCUUACAUUUGAAUAUUAUGAAUUAUUUGUGAACAUUUUGGUUGUUUGUGGCUACAUCACAGGUUCAGAUAGACCAAGUUGGAUACAUAAAAUCCGAAAUGAUCCACAGUCUUCAAAAAUCCUUCCUUUAAGCAAUUUGAAUUCCUUCAAAUCAACUGAAUGUCUUCUUCUCAGUCUGCUUCACAAAGACAAAAGCAGUGAUGACUCGGAAUCCACUGAGAGACUGCAGAGAAGUGAUCAAGUAUUUCAAGAAAAAUGUGCUAAGAAAAUGCAGCUAGUUAAUUUAAGAAACAGAAGUGCCAGUACUAAUGACAUAAUGGGAGGAAGUUAUCGUAAUUUAAUAGGCUUAAGUAAUAUGCGUGCCCUGUCCUCUAACAUCAAACCAAGAUGCUCUUCUUUGGAAGGAAUUAUAGAUUUGCCAGGGAAUUCAAGUGAGAUGGUGUCCAGUGUUUUCUACCAGUCUGUUCUGAACAGAGAAGAACAGAAUAGCAGACAGUCUUUACUGUCAAAACCCAAACAGGGUCUUCAGUCGGAAGAAAGUGUUCAGCAACCGGUCUGUGCUGGUUUUAAAAGAACCUCUGUUUCAACUGUUCAAGACCAAGAGGAGUUAUACAAUGGGAAAUCCAAAUCAAAACAGCUUUGUAGAACUCAAAGUUUGCUUUUAAGAAACAGUACAAGACAUAAUAGUUAUAUCAAUACACCAGUAGCUGAGAUUAUCAUGAAACCAAGUAUUGGACAAGGCAGUGCAAGUGUGCAAACAGCUAUGGAAAGUGAACUCGAAGAGUCUAGUGCCACAAUCAAUAAAAGACUGUGUAAAAGUGCUGUAGAACUUUCAGAGAAUUCUUUACUUCCAGCUGCUUCUGUCUUGACUGGCAUACAAAGUUUGCUGCAACCUCAUUUAGAACGAAUUGCCAUCAACGCCCUACAGUUAUGUUGUCUGUUACUUCCCCCACCAAAUCGUAGAAAGCUUCAGCUCUUAAUGCGCAUGAUUUCUCGAAUGAGUCAAAAUGUUGAUAUGCCCAAGCUUCAUGAUGCAAUGGGUACAAGGUCACUGAUGAUACAUACUUUUUCUCGUUGUGUGCUAUGCUGUGCUGAAGAAGUGGAUCUUGAUGAGCUUCUUGCUGCAAGAUUAGUUUCUUUCCUAAUGGAUCAUCAUCAGGAAAUUCUUCAAGUUCCCUCUUACUUGCAGACUGCAGUGGAGAAACAUCUUGACUACUUAAAAAAGGGCCACGUUAAAAAUCCUGGAGAUGAACUCAUUGCUCCUCUGCCGAGGUAUUCUUACUGUAAACAGAUUAGUGCUCGCGAGUUUGAUGAGCAGAAGGUUUCUACCUCUCAGGCUGCAAUUGCAGAACUUUUAGAGAAUAUUAUUAAAAAUAAGAGCUUACCUCCAAAAGAGAAAAGAAGAAAACUAAAACAGUUUCAGAAGGAAUAUCCCUUGAUAUAUCAGAAAAGAUUUCCAACCACAGAGAGUGAAGCAGAACUUUUUGAUGACAAACCUACAAUCAAGCAACCAAUGCUGAGUUUAAGAAAACCAAAGCUGCGUAGUCUACGAUACUGACUUUAAAAUUACCUAAUACUGGUAAAAUUUUAGUAAAUGAAGCCAUACCUGAGAAUCUUGCUACUAAAAAGGAGGAAAUCUAUUCAAAGUUUUCCCUUGUAAAGACAUUAUAUAAGGA